GCGAGUCUCUCGCGAGAUAUCUCGCGAGACUUAGGAAGUAACGCGUCUGCGCAUUGCCACAUCCCUGGUGGUGUCUUGUCGGUGGCGUGGUGUGUGAGGGAAGAUAGCUAGUGUGGAGGCUACUGCGUCCCCCCUGGACUCGUCACCAUGAGUAGCACUUUAGCAAAGAUUGCGGAGAUCGAAGCCGAGAUGGCUCGGACUCAGAAGAACAAGGCCACAGCACAUCACCUAGGGCUGCUUAAGGCUCGCCUUGCUAAGCUUCGUAGAGAACUCAUCACACCAAAAGGUGGUGGUGGUGGUGGGCCAGGAGAAGGUUUUGAUGUGGCCAAGACAGGUGAUGCUCGAAUUGGGUUUGUGGGCUUUCCAUCUGUGGGGAAGUCAACACUGCUGAGUAACCUAGCAGGAGUAUAUUCUGAGGUGGCAGCCUAUGAGUUCACUACUCUGACUACUGUGCCUGGUGUAAUCAGAUACAAGGGUGCCAAGAUCCAGCUCCUAGAUCUCCCAGGUAUCAUUGAAGGUGCCAAAGAUGGGAAAGGUAGAGGUCGUCAAGUCAUUGCAGUGGCCCGAACAUGUAAUUUAAUCCUGAUCGUUCUGGAUGUCUUGAAACCCUUGGGACACAAGAAGAUAAUUGAAAAUGAGCUGGAAGGCUUUGGUAUUCGCUUGAAUAGCAAACCUCCUAACAUUGGCUUUAAGAAGAAAGAUAAGGGAGGCAUCAAUCUCACAGCGACUUGCCCUCAGAGUGAGCUGGAUGCUGAAACUGUGAAGAGCAUUCUGGCGGAAUACAAAAUUCAUAAUGCUGAUGUAACUUUGCGUAGUGAUGCCACAGCUGAUGACCUCAUUGAUGUGGUGGAAGGAAACAGAGUAUAUAUCCCUUGUAUCUAUGUGUUAAACAAGAUUGAUCAGAUCUCCAUUGAGGAAUUGGAUAUCAUCUAUAAGGUGCCACACUGUGUACCCAUCUCUGCCCAUCAUCGCUGGAAUUUUGAUGACUUGUUGGAGAAGAUCUGGGACUAUCUGAAACUAGUGAGAAUCUACACCAAACCCAAAGGUCAGUUACCAGAUUACACAUCUCCUGUAGUGCUGCCUUAUUCCAGGACCACAGUGGAGGAUUUCUGCAUGAAGAUUCACAAAAAUCUUAUCAAAGAAUUUAAAUAUGCUCUGGUCUGGGGUCUCUCUGUGAAACACAAUCCUCAGAAAGUGGGUAAAGACCAUACACUGGAGGACGAGGAUGUCAUUCAAAUUGUGAAGAAGUGAAACCUUCCUCUUCCCCCAUCUGCUGGGCCAACCACAGCAGCUUUCCCCAUGACCAAGCACCCUACUCAUUUCUUUCUGGUUUUGGCAGCCACUGGAUCAAGAUACAGGGGUGGGAAAUGGAGGCACCCAAACUGGAACUUCAUUUGUCUUACUGUGGUGUCACCUUCUGUGCUGAACUGCAUAAAAGACCCAGUAGGCCUGUUCUCUAUGUGCA